CCAAUGGGGAGGCGCGUUGUUGCGCGGUGCCGAAGGAAGGAAGGGCUCGCCCGCCGGUGUCUGCCGCGACUCCGGCUCCUCGCCUGGCCCCGCCGUUACGGCAUGCGCUGAGCGCCCGCACUGCCCCGUCCGCUGCGCGCCCGGCGCCUGCCGGCACUGUCCGGCAACGCCGCCUUUCCCAGGUGUGAAUGACAGAGGAGGUGCCUCCGACCGCACUCACCGACGUAAACCUGCGUCUGCUGUGCCACGAUGACAUAGACGCGGUGAAGCAGCUCUGCGGCGACUGGUUCCCCAUAGAGUACCCUGACUCAUGGUACCGAGAUAUCACUUCCAACAAGAAGUUCUUUUCCCUCGCAGCCACGUACAGAGGCUCCAUCGUGGGAAUGAUAGUGGCAGAGAUCAAGAGCAGAACAAAGGUGCAUAAGGAGGAUGGAGACAUCCUAGCUUCCAAUUUUCCUUUGGACACUCAAGUUGCUUACAUACUGAGCCUUGGAGUGGUGAAGGAGUUCAGGAAGCACGGAAUCGGUUCGCUCCUGCUUGAAAGUUUGAAAGACCAUAUAUCGACGACUGCCCAAGAUCACUGCAAAGCCAUCUACCUGCACGUCCUCACCACUAACAACACAGCAAUAAACUUCUAUGAAAACAGAGACUUUAAACAGCACCACUAUCUUCCCUAUUACUAUUCCAUAAGAGGAGUCCUCAAAGAUGGCUUUACCUACGUUCUCUACAUCAAUGGUGGACACCCACCCUGGACGAUCUUUGACUACCUGCAGCACAUCGGAUCGACACUAGCCAGCCUGAGCCCGUGCUCCAUUCCCCAGAGGAUAUACCGACAAGCCCAGAGCCUUCUCUGCAGCCUUCUGCCAUGGUCUGGCAUUUCUGCCAAGGGCGGCAUCGAGUACAGCCGGACGAUGUGACUCCACACAGCACAAAGGGAUUGUUCUUCCCUUCAUCUCCUGAACCAUCUGGCUCUGCACUGAUUCCAGUGAUGAUGGCUCUUGGUCAGUGACCCACCCCUUGGGAAGGACUCCUUAUUCCACAGAGCGACCAAGAUUUUGCAGACUUCACCCUCGACGGGCUGCAGCCCUGACUCACCCUGUGGGCUGGAGCCCGUGAGCACUCCUGGGAGGCCGGGCUGCCACAGGGCACUUGGCUGAGGGCUUCUGUGUCACCGGUCUGUGAGCAUCUUGCACUGUCCCUGCCACUUCCCUUGCCUCCGGAUGGUUUGCUUGUCCAUGAUGUGGAGGGGUUCGGUUGCUGCUUCCGUGCCACAGCUACUGAAAGCAGUGUGAGUGAGGUUAAUGAACGUGCACUGAGGGGGUGAGUGAGCAGUAAGCACCUUGGGAAGAGGGGAGCUGGAUGGCUGCGUCCUGCCCCUGGUAGGGAAUCCAGGCAGGGCCUCUGCCCCCCCUGAGAGCCAGCCCCAGCCCUCCGGAGGGGGGAUGUAAAAAAGAAGUACCUAAUCUAGGAUGCACCAAGUAGAAGGCAGGGAAUGAAAUUGCUAUUUCAUAGUGAAAUAUAUAUUAUACUGUAUAGAUCUUUAUGCCUCUGUCCAAGCUGGAACAUAGCAGAGGAGGGCUGGGGCUGCGGGGCCGCUGUGGGAGGCAGAGCCCUUCCCCUCCCCUGCACGCAUCCUCCCUUGGCACUGGGGCUGCACGCUUGCAGGAUCUUUAGGGAAGAGCACUGCACACAGGUCACUGCAGCUCUUUGUUGCAGAGAAGCCCCCCAGCUGCUUGCUUGCAUGCUCCAGGCCCGUGUGCGGGCAUUGCCCCGGGGCCACGCUAUCGGCUGCCGUCCCUGCAGCACUGGGGCCUGGCUCAGGGGCUCCACUCCCCAGCACCAAGCAGCCACGCUCAGGGGGAGCCCCGAGGCUCCUGUGUGCUGCAGCUGCGCCAGGUCCCUCUGUACCCCACUGCCCCUGGGAGCGAGCGCUUCCCUCCUGGGCUGCGAGUCAGCAGCUGCGCCAGUGCCGAGGUGCGGGGAGCCCCACUGCCCUACACAUUCCCACUGCAUCCUCUGCCCUGGUGAAGGCUUCCCACACUCAUCACUGUGCUCCUCCUCCCCCUCUCUCGUGCCCAUUUUGAAAUGGGGGCUUAAGCAAUGGGCAGGGUAAGCUGUGCGGGUCCGUGUGUGCAGGGCCAGCUCUGGCGCCAGGUGUGGGCAGGGGGUGGAGAUGAGCCACAGUCUGAGCCAGAUUUAGACCUAGAAGGAGCAAACACGGUAGGAGCUUGCAGCCCUGAUACCAUACGGAGUCAUUUCAGUGAUUGUAAGCCCCCCAAAAUGAGAAUUAAACAAUAAAAGGGUGUGGAGGAGAGCUCACUGUAUGGUGCUGUGCUGGUUCAUGUGAACAGAGGCCAGGGCGGCUCAGAGCUGCUGGCACAGCAGGCGUUGUUGGUGCAGCGCUUCCCUGCUCUGCGCAGCCCUGACUGCAGGAAGCGUUUUGCUCCGGCCGAGGGUCUGGCAAAUACUGUCUCUGGGGGAAGCAGAGGCUGUUCGAGGUGCUGCUCACUCUUCUGGAAUGAGAGCAGGGCUGGCUCCACCAGUGGUUGAUGGGAGGAAGAGAAUGUGUUUCUAGGAGGAGAAUUAUGCCUGCCAAAGUGCAGGGAGCUGCAGCAGGGAGCUGCAGGGUGAGCCAGGGCUGGCACACAGCGCUGGCCGUGGUGCAGCUCGGGAGGUUCUGGCUGGGAUGCAGGGCAGGGAGAACUGCCCGUGGCUGGGGCACGGUGGUAAUGCAGUGUGGGCACAGCCCGUGGCUGUCAGCAUUCCCUGCUUGUGGGGCUGCAGAGCUGCUCCCUGCACACACAGCCCAGCAGCAAGCACAGCAAAGUGCAGCUGCACGCAGAACAGAGCACGCCUGCAUGGCCCACAGUGCAGCAGAGCUGCUCAAGGCCCCACAGCAGCACGUGCUGGGUGUUCCCCGUGUGCAUCCUCGCCCGUGGAUUCAGGGAAUCCUGUGGCCGGGCACCCACUGCCACCAGCUCACAGGAGAGGCUGGCAGUGGCAGAAGCCCUCCUUACCCUUGCCCCAAGGGCCAGGUGCUCCACAAGCCCUCACGCACGAGGGUACCACCACCCUUUGCUGCAGGGUUGGAAGCUCAACACGGGCUCCCUGCACAGCGGCUGCUCCCAGCAGCAGGGGAGGUCGUGGCAGUGGUACCUGCACUCCCUCCUCACCACAGCUCUUGCACUUGGGAGCCCUGAAGCACUCUGCCACCCUCAUUUGUAAAACUGCUUUUUCCUUUGGCUUAGCCACAUCCUACCUGAACAUUUCUCUUGGUUUGUAUGGGUUUAUUUAGCAACUGAAGGUCUUGCUUUUCUUUGGCACUUGUGUCCUCUAGACCAGAAGGACUCUCCUUGUUCCUGGCACUGACGUCCCAUCUUCCCCCCCUAUCCCUGCCCCUGUGCACCUCAACUCCUCAGCUGCUGCCCGUGGCCACAUUCCCCAGGGGACCCGACUGCUCUGCGUGCUGUCCUCCCAUCACCCCACCCCUACGGCGUCACACCCCCGCCUCACAGCCCUUUAUUUAUUGAAGAGCACCGUGCUGCCGCCGUCAGCCUCUCUCUCAACGUCUUCAAUUAAAUCAAACCUCUUUUGUGA